AUGGCGUCACCAAAGGAAGCCUCUCACAGCAUUGAGAUUGCUGGCCGUAACAACAAGCCUUUGCGGCGAUGCACGCUGCCCCUUACCUCCGGCUGCAAUCCCUGGAACGGCGGCGAGAUCUACGGCACACCUGACAACAAUUCCCUGACCCUGCUCAAGAACUACUACACCCUGUACCCAGAAGAUGCCGACAGAGUGGUCCUCAACAUCAAGGGGGCUACGCGUCUUGGCUUGCAACCUGACGGCAGCCCCGACUAUACGCUGGGAGAAAGAGGCAGGAUUGACUUGUUUGAGUGUGCAAGAAGAGAUCCAAAGGUGCCACUGAAAGAGACCUUGGGGGCGCUGGCAGAGCUGGUGGAUGAGGGCAAGAUUGGAGGGGUGGCUCUGUGUGAAGUCAGUGCGAACACGAUUAGAGAGGCCGCCAAGAUUACGAGAAUCGUGGCUGUGGAAGUGGAGUUGUCGCUGUGGUCGACGGAGCCUCUGACCAAUGGGAUCGCAGAGGCUUGUUUUGAAUUGAAUAUUCCGAUCAUUGCGUCAGUCACUCUACCUCUUGAAGCCUUGUUAGAGCCCAUUGCUGAGAACCCCUGCAGCUAUUCACCAAUCGGUCGAGGCAUGUUCACCGGCCAGAUCAAGUCUCUCGAAGACAUCCCGCAAGGGGAUGUUCGAAAAAUAUUGCCGCGAUUCCAGCCCCAAAACUUCGGCACCAACAUGAAGCUUGUAAGGGAGCUCGAGAAGAUCGCCCAGAAUGAAAAAGUGCACUCCGGCUCAAUUGACGUUAGCUUGGGUUCGAAGCCUGUCAAACAAUGA